AUGUCCAAGCCAUAUCCCACCCCUUUGACAAUCGAACCCAUAGCAACAGAGCACACUCAUACCUUUAUCAUUCUCCACGGGCGAGGCAGCAACGCUACACGAUUCGGCCACGAACUUCUCCAAUCAGCCAACCUGCCCGCCCAACUACCAACGGUGAAAUUCAUCUUUCCCACCGCUCGACGACGACGAUCGACGAUUCUCAAACGGGUCCCUAUCAACCAAUGGUUCGAUAACUAUUCAUUGGAAGACCCUGGUCAAAGAACGAACCUUCAGGUUGAGGGGCUGUGUGAGACGGCUGCGUUUCUUAGGACCCUUAUUGUGCAGGAGGCGCGAGUUUUGGGAGAGAAUGGAGAUGGAUAUCAGAGGAUCGUCCUUGGGGGAUUGAGUCAGGGAUGUGCAGCGGGAGUGUUUGCUCUUCUUGGUGGAGCAUUUGGGGAUAGUGGGUGUGAGAAGCUGGGGGCGUUUUUUGGGAUGAGUGGGUGGCUUCCUUUUGAGGCGGAGCUGGGUGAUAUUUUGAGGACAGCUUCUGAUGGCAAGGUGAGGGAUUCUUUGGAUGGUUUGGAAGGGAGUAUGCAGCGGGUUGGUCUGGGGGAUGACACAAAUUCAAACGUGGAUACAGACGAGGACGAGGGCGAGGACAAGGGUGAAGUUGAAAGCAGCGAUGAAGAGGAUGGCUCUGGUGUCUUUGAAUCGUCAUACGAUCAAGAUGAAGACGAUUUUAACCCAUUUGAAGAUGAUGUCAGCUCCAGCGACAGUAACACCAGACUGUCCCCAUCAUUCCAAGUCAUAAACCACGUUCGUGAUAUCCUUGACCUUCCACAAUUGUCUCCACAGGAUGACGAAUCAAAUCCAUCCACGGCUGCUCAUCUCGACAUUCCAGUGUUUCUUGGCCAUGGAGCUGCGGAUCCCAAAGUGUCUGUCAGGCUGGGACAGAAGAUGGCCAGUCUUCUAUCUCGAUUGGAUAUGAAUGUGACAUGGAAAGAAUAUAUAGGCUUUGGACAUUGGUACAAAGUUCCGGAUGAGAUUGAUGAUGUUCUUGCUUUCUUGCAGUAUAGGAUGAGCGUCCCUGUGACAUAG